UCCCGCCCUCCCCCGGCCGGCGCGGCCCGCCCUGGCGAGUCAGUCCUCGGCUUCCCUCCCUCCCCGGGCGCGCUCGGGCCGCCGCUGCGCUCCCCGCCCUCCAGCCGCCUUGCCGGAGCCGCCCGCUGCCGGAGGAGGAGGUGGAGGAGCCGCAGGGGCCCGCCGAGGCGGCGGCGGCGGCAAGAUGGCGGACUUCCUGCCGUCGCGCUCCGUGCUGUCCGUGUGCUUCCCGGGCUGCGUGCUGACGAACGGCGAGGCCGAGCAGCAGCGCAAGUCCAAGGAGAUCGACAAAUGCCUGUCGCGGGAGAAGACCUACGUGAAGCGGCUGGUGAAGAUCCUGCUGCUGGGCGCGGGCGAGAGCGGCAAGUCCACCUUCCUGAAGCAGAUGCGGAUCAUCCACGGCCAGGACUUCGACCAGCGCGCGCGCGAGGAGUUCCGCCCCACCAUCUACAGCAACGUGAUCAAAGGUAUGAGGGUACUGGUAGAUGCCCGAGAGAAGCUUCAUAUUCCCUGGGGAGAUAACAAAAACCAGCUCCACGGUGACAAGUUGAUGGCCUUUGAUACCCGUGCCCCCAUGGCUGCCCAGGGGAUGGUGGAGACUCGAGUGUUCCUGCAGUAUCUUCCUGCUAUCAGAGCCUUAUGGGAGGACAGUGGUAUACAGAAUGCCUAUGAUCGGCGCCGGGAAUUCCAGCUGGGUGAGUCUGUUAAGUAUUUCUUGGAUAACUUGGAUAAGCUUGGAGUACCGGAUUACAUUCCAUCACAGCAAGAUAUCCUGCUUGCCAGAAGGCCCACCAAAGGCAUCCAUGAGUACGACUUUGAAAUUAAAAAUGUUCCUUUCAAAAUGGUUGACGUAGGUGGCCAGAGAUCAGAACGGAAACGCUGGUUUGAAUGCUUUGACAGUGUGACAUCGAUACUUUUCCUUGUCUCUUCAAGUGAAUAUGACCAGGUGCUUAUGGAGGACCGCCAGACCAAUCGCCUUACAGAAUCUCUGAACAUUUUUGAAACAAUUGUCAAUAACCGGGUUUUCAGCAAUGUCUCUAUAAUCCUCUUCUUAAACAAGACAGACUUGCUUGAGGAGAAAGUGCAAGUUGUAAGCAUCAAAGACUAUUUCCUAGAAUUUGAAGGGGACCCACACUGCUUAAGAGACGUCCAAAAGUUUCUGGUGGAAUGCUUCCGGGGGAAACGCCGGGACCAGCAGCAGAGGCCGUUGUACCACCACUUCACCACCGCCAUCAACACGGAGAACAUCCGCCUUGUGUUCCGAGACGUGAAGGACACGAUCCUCCAUGACAACCUGAAGCAGCUCAUGCUCCAGUAAUGCCAGGACUUGCUAUUUUAAUCCCUUGUUGUGAUUCCGUUGUUUCCUGUUUGUCUUGUUUAUCUUUUUAAAUAGCAGUUUACAACAGCAGUUAGAUGAAUCUCAGUUCUGUCUCUAACUUCUUGGAAAACUUAGUCCAUCUGUGGCCUUUAGUUUGUGGCUGACAGCUGCUGAAUUAACCCAUUGCCAAUAUCUGCUGGAAUUUGGGCUUUGAUCGGUUUCACUGUGUCUUACAUUCAAGUCCAGUUAUAACUUCCUGGCAGCCUUACACUAGGUGUCUUUCAGGCUUUGGAUUCUUCUGCUUACAAACUGAAUUCUCCUAAUUGUCCUGCAGUGCUAAGAAUAGGCAGUAUCUUUAAGUACUUGUAGGGAUGAGAGCAUGAAAAUUCAGCUCUAAAAAGAGAGUGCCUUACCCAGCAGUGACAUGCCUCGCUAGCGUGAGCCCUGGUCUGGAAGGGCUGUUAGAGAAAAGUUUCAGGGAGCAGUCUCGGCCCACAGACGCUUAGCUCCCUACACACACAGCAGUAUAUUUUUCUCAACUUCUUUCAUUUCUGUAGGGCAGCAGUCUCGGCCCACAGACGCUUAGCUCCCUACACACACACAGCAAUAGUUUGUUUUUCUCAAUCUCUUUAGUUUCUGAAGGUAAUGUCUUACUGUUUAAGUUUACAAUAUGGAUUUCAGCCUGAUGCUGAUGCGGUCACAAAUGGUACAUGUGCUAUAUUGAUCUGAGGUGACCAGUGACAACGCAGUUUCCUUUGCCAUACAUGCUGUCACUAACUUAAUGUGCCAUGUUACAACAUCUGGAAAGGGCAAGCACCUUGGUGACAGACAUCACCAAAGCAGCCCCAGAGUGUGACUUUCUGGUCCUGUCUCCUUGGGUUUUGUGCCUUGCUGGAGGGAAUCACUGUUGGAUCUUCUUCCUUUGUCCCACUGUCUCAACCUCAGCAACUCAGAACUGUGGUCCCCGAGAGCUUGGUGGGCAGCAUUUCCCUGUGAACUGUUCAAAAAGGCAUCCUUUCAGUACCCUGUCCCUGGUUAGUGUCUCUCUGUGACAGAGUUUGUAUGUGUUGUAUGUGUCAUUGUGUGUGAGACAUAGCUUCAUUGAGUACAUUCAAAUGUCUUAAGAAUGCCUUUUUUUUGGCCCAUACUUAAGGAGGUUUGCCUUACACACACACACACACACACACACACACACACACACUAUUUCUAAGUUAAACUAUGCCCAUGAAGUAGCUUGUGAUAAAAUUUAGUGGCUGGUGUACUAACCCAUUUGGCAUGUUCCAACUGGCCUGUGAGUUUGUAGAACCUGAGCUUGUCCCUGCUGUCCCUGGAGAGUGCACGAGGACAAUGAUGCCUGUUUUACUGUGUAACUGUUCUCAGGCAAGAAAUUGGGCCCUGAAAGACUGGCUGACUUUGAGGCCCGAAGGCAAUGACUUUCCUCUUUUCUUGCUGGAGGCUGCAAAAGCUGGGCCCUAGUGUAUACUUGAGAGACCUGACUUGUCCUGGAUUUUAGCUUUCACUGUCGUUCUGGUCAUAAAGUCCAGUGCUUUCUUGCCUUGGUAAUAUCAUGAGCUUAAGAUGUGUAUGUCAGUAUCACAGUGCAGGUGUUGUUAGCAUAAUUCAUGGAUAUUUGAAUGGUUCUACAUCUCGUCCCUUUUUUUGUCAAAAAAAAAAAAAGAGAGAGAUGUCAUUUAAAUUGAUGGGGUUAGCAUAACUCCAGUGCUGAUGAGCAUUUGAAUGUGCGCAGUAACACGUGGUCUGUGUUAAUUUAGCAGACAUUAUUGUGCAUCGGCCACAGCUAAGUGCAGUGAAGGCAGCAAAAGUCAGUCCCUCCAGAAAGCAGUUGUGUCUGGUUACAUUUAAGCUCUGCUGUGAGCACAGAAAUCCUGCCUGACAGAGCAGGAUCUCUGACUUCCUCCAUUGUGACCGUUACCAAGAAAGGACAAGAGCUCCCAACUAGGGACAGCAUCCCUCUGGGUCCCUGCAGCUUCCUUCAGGAGCAUGCAGCAUCUCAGAACCCAGUGUGGUCUAGAUCCAUUCUCACGUGGUGGACUACUUACAUGUCAUCUCCACAGGAUUGUUUAGAAUUUAAAGAAAGCCACGGUCCACAUUUACAGUCUGACACUUACACACCCUGAAAGUCAGGUCCUUUUGUGAAGUGAAAUACUGUUGUGUGAAAAGGGAGAUGAAAUUUAGCCAACAGAAUUGAAAAGGCGCUUAACCCUCAGUGUGCUGACUUCCCAGUCCCUGAACCAUGCCUUAGAGUUGAGGUAUUGGUCUGUGUAUGUCUCGGGAUGUGACUGUGCCUAAUCCAGACUCCUCCUUCAAUCCCUCAGCCUUCCUGCUUACUGACAAAGAACUACACAAGUGUCUUGGUUGACUUCAAAAUCUUUUUAUACUUUUCAGAGUUGCCUUAUAAAUAAGAGAACAACCCAGAUUUAGACCUUAAUUUUCUUUUUAAUGGGGAAAGGGCUUUGUUCCAUGUUUUCUUGCACGCUUAACUCAAGAUGUGCAGCUGCCACCCAGAUAUCUGUCUGUGAUGGCCUGAGCUGCUGCUCUCUGCCAAGUCCUGUCUGUAUUCAGUGGAACCGUCCCUAUAGCUUUUCUCUCUGGAAAGGGUACUGGAUAGCCAAAGAAAAGCUUCAGCCGAGCACGACGGGAUGUCCUGAAGAGGAGCGUAUUGGGCUUUUUGUUUGUGUUUUCCUAUCACAGUGCAUUGUGGGUACUUCACACCCAAAGGGUUCUCUGGUGAAGUUUCAAGUUGGGACUCAACAGGGAAAUGCUUGUCACAUCAGUGGCAGCUGUUGCUGUAAAGUAAGAGAAAGUAAGACCACAUUAGUGCCAGAAGUGACAAGAAUUGUCAUAUGCCCCCCCCCCACCCAAGUAACUCUUACCUUCUAGUGUGUAUGCCCAAACACUUGGGCAUCUGUUUUGAUGGCAUGUAUUUCUCACUGUUGGUAUUCACAUCCGGUUAUGCCUCGUUUAUAUGAAGAAUAAAAUGGCCAAGUUAUGCGGUUAUAUCCUGAGUCUCAAGCUAUUUGGAAAACCCUCAAAUUGGUGCUUUCAUUAUUUAAUGAUACAUUUAGGCAAAACCCCAAACAAACCAUCUGAAACCUGACUCCGAGUUGCAAUUUGUUAGCGAUGUUAUUUUUCUCGUUUGAGAAGACCAAGCGUCAGUGUUAAUUUGAAUUUCCUGUAUGAACCCGGGCAUCCUACCUAUAAGGCCCAGUCAAACAUUUGUAAGAAGUUCCCUAAUAAACCUAGAGAAGCUGCUUUGUUACCCUUUUAUUUCAUUUCAUUUCAUUUGAACAAUGGAGAGUGAAGCUUUUCAGGUCCUUUUAUUUUGGAAAAAUCAGACUUUGGCUAUAUGUCUCUUUUCCUGUGAUUUCAGCACAUUAAAUUCCAUGAAUCAAGAGAUCUUUGGUUUGUGCUGCUCGAAUGAAAGUAUUUUCUGCUUUUUUUUUUUUUCUUUUCUUUUUCUUUUUAAAAUGCGGGAUGCGGUUGGCUUUUCAGCCCAGAAAGCAUGAGAGCACGUGAUGCCCGUUUUCUUACGGUACGAGUUUAGGGCUUAGUCAGUUUACAAUAGGAUUGAAUUUUGUGUCAAAACCUGCUGGUGGCUCCUCAGGUACCAUCAGCUAGAUGCUUCUAGCCAUGCCCGGCAGACGGGCAGAUAUCAGAUUCAUCAAAGCAGUGUUCAUCCGCUAACAUUGUACUGUCCUCCCAGAUGUAGAUCAGCAUCGGGAUUUCCCCCUGUAGAACAAGCAGUCAGGUCUGACCAGCCAGUUUGGAGUGCCUUGGGUGGCACACGGCAUUGUUUUGUAUUUGUUGGCUUGCAUAUUUGUGUUUUUGAGGCAGGGUCUCCCUGGGUACCCCAGGCUGGUCUUGAAUUUGAGAUCCUCCUGGCUCAACUUCUCAACUGCAGAGGUUACCGUUUGUUUGUUUGUUUGUCUGUUUGUUUGUUUAAUAAAGCACUAGUCAUGUGGUAGCGUUUAGUGGGCUGUGACGUGACUUUUGUGACGUUGACUCUGUUAGUCUUGAUGAAAUUGCCAGAUGGUGUACAGCCUACCUGAAUCUAUGAGGUAUAAGUUUUGGGUCUGUGAGGAUCACUGAUGAAGCCACCUUCUCAGUGUGUAAUUCUUACUCUGUUCACAGAUACAACAUCGCCAAAGUGAGUGACGAUUUUGACAUUAACCGUGCCUCUUCAAUGGCACCGGGGAUGACAGGGAAGGAGGAGGCAGUGUGUUCUUGUUGGGUGCAUAUGGUAAUGAAGCAUAUACUGUGUACCUUCUCUUUACCUCUUACUUGAAAGCAGAUUCGCAAAAUAUCCUGAAUGACUUUUCUCUGUUAUGCGUGAGCUCACAAGGCACAAGAAGCACACAGUGCAGCCCUUAUAGAUGCUGUCCCUAACAACACAUGGUUUAUACUACGCUGAAUAAAAGUAUUUGUGGCUGGAGGUUUUUUUUUUCCCCAUUCAUCUUUCUAAAACUUUCCUGAAACUAAGCUGGUAUAGCUGUAGAACAAAAAAAAAUUUUUUUUUUGGUCAGAGAUUUGGUUCAAGAGUUGUCAUAAAUUAUUCCUAUGGCAGGUCUAAGAGUCAAAGGUAUGCUUUCAUUUCACCAAACAAAUUGAUAUGCAUUAAGGCUUUUUACUUUUGUACAUAUUUUGCAAAAGUUUGUUCCUCUACUAUUAAUAUUUGCUUUGUAAAAAUUACUGACAUUUAAUAAACAUUUAUAAAUGA